CUGUGGAGGAUGCCGCUGAAGCGGUCGGACCCCCUGAGACUGACGACAGGCCGGAGCUCUGGACCCCGUGGACCGGGAGAGCACGGUGGACAGGUCUAGUCAUGGGAUGUGGAGUCUCAAAAUCCAACCUGUUCCAAAAGUCGGACUCUAAAGCCAUCAAGGCGGCGGUGCUGAUCCAGCACUGGUACCGGCAGUACGUGGCCCGCAUGGAGCUGAAGAGGCGCUACACCUGGCACAUCUUCCAGUCCCUGGAGUACUCUGGAGAGCAGGCCCAGAUCAAGCUAUAUAACUUCCUUGGUUACCUCAUGGACAACUUCACACCGUCGAGUAACGAACGGAACCUGAUCUCGCACUUCUUCCGGGAGAACGAGGUAUGCCGGGACAGCGAGUGGGAGCGGUUCUUCGACUACAAGAACAUCGACGUCCCAGAGAUCUACUCGGGGCCUCACCUCACCUUCCCACUCACCCUGGAGCAGGGCAGCGGCCUGGUCGACGCCUUCCGGAACAAGAGGCAGCUGCACUCCCGCUACGUCCUCCAGCUCCUGCUGGACACCUGGAGGCUGCUGCGCAAGUUCCCCAACAUCAGCCGUGUGUCCACCUGCCAGAGCAAAGAGAUCACCAUCUGUGGCGAUUUGCACGGGCAGCUGGAAGAUCUGCUGUUGAUAUUCUACAAGAACGGCAUGCCCUCCCACGAGCGGCCCUACGUCUUCAACGGGGACUUCGUGGACCGGGGAGACGACUCCAUCGAGGUCCUCCUCAUCCUCUUCUCCUUCCUGCUGCUGUACCCCAACGACGUGCACCUCAACCGGGGAAACCACGAGGACCACAUCGUCAACCUGAGGUAUGGUUUCACUAAGGAGGUCUUGACCAAAUACAAGAUGCACGGCAAGCGCAUCUUGAAGCUGCUGCAGAAGAUCUUCAGCUGGUUGCCCCUGGCGACGGUGAUCGACCAGAAGGUGCUGGUUCUGCACGGCGGCAUCUCGGACGCCACGGAUCUCAGCGUGCUCGCCCGCGUGGACCGCCACAAGUACGUGUCGGCCCUGCGCCCCCCUAAGAAGCGUCACCCCAGCGCGGCCAACGUGUCGGUGGACUACGAGGAGGAGGUGUGGAGCAGCGGGCGUCGCCGCUCCUCCGUGGCGCUGCCCCGCCCCCUGACCCGCGGGACCUUCCAGAACACCUCGCUGCCCGACUUCUCCGAGCGCGUCCGGCCGCCGGUGGGGGGGGCGGCGGAGCGGCGGGGGCGCCUGGCCCUCCAGGGCGCGCUCCUCGGGGGGUCCCAGCAGGCGCUGGGCGCGCCGGCCGGGGACCGGCCCGCCGCAGGCUCCGGGGAGAGCAGCGACCACUCGGAGGACGAGUGGAAGCAGAUCCUGGACCUGCUGUGGAGCGACCCCAUGACCCAGGACGGCUGCGUGCCCAACGAGGUGCGGGGGGGGGGCUGCUACUGGCCGGACGUCACCGACGACUUCCUGUCCCGACACAACAUGACCCUCAUCAUCCGAUCGCACGAGUGCAAACAGGAAGGCUACGAGUUCUGUCACAACCGCAAGGUGCUGACUCUGUUCUCCGCCUCAAACUACUACGACGUGGCCAGCAACCGGGGGGCCUACGUGAAGCUGGGCCCCGACCUGGUGCCCUACCUCAUCCAGUACCAGGCCAGCAGCAAGACCCGCGAGCUCACCGUCAGACAGAGAGUGGGCCAGACGGAGCACUCUGCCCUCCGCGUGCUCCGGAAGCAGCUGUUCUCCCACAAGUCGGACCUCAUCAGCGCCUUCCAGGACCUGGACAAGGAGAACACCGGCCUGGUGUCUCUGAAGGACUGGGCAGAGGCCGUGGAGGGCGUCAUGCACCUGGGGCUGCCCUGGAGGAUGCUGCGCUCCCAGCUCAUCUCCCGCCGGGCCAGCGACGGCGCCGUCGACUACCGGCAGUGGUUCACUGAGCUGGCCAUCCAGGAACCCAACAUGGAGCACAUCGAGAAGGGGUUACUGGAGAUGCUCUACCGCCACCGGUCCACCCUGGAGACCAUCUUCAGGAUCGUGGACACGGACAACUCAGGCGUCAUCAACAUGGAGGACUUCCGUCAGACGUGGAAGCUGCUCAGCAUCUACCUGAAGAUGGAGUUCACGGAGGAGGCCAUCUCGGACCUGGCGGUGGCCAUCGACACCAACGGCGACGGCUGCAUCGACAUCCAGGAGUUCAUGGAGGCCUUCCGGCUCAGCGACAAGAAGAGCCGUCUGGAGCGCGGCCGCAGCAUGUUCAUGGGGACCGCCCACGACCUGCAGCGCCCCGAGACCGUGGACCCCGACCUCUGACCCCCAAGAGGAGGGACCCCAGGGGAGAGGACCAGGGGACCCCGACCUGUGACCCCCAGGAGAGAGGAGGGGACCCCAGGAGAGAGGAGGGGACCCCAGGAGAGAGGAGGGGACCCCAGGAGAGAGGAGGGGACCCCAGGAGAGAGGAGGGGACCCCAGGAGAGAGGAGGGGACCCCAGGAGAGAGGAGGGGACCCCAGGAGAGAGGAGGGGACCCCAGGAGAGAGGAGGGACCCCAGGAGAGAGGAGGGGACCCCAGGAGAGAGGAGGGGACCCCAGGAGGGAGGAGAGGACUCCAGGAGAGAAGAGGGGACCCCAGGAGGGAGGAGGGGACCCCAGGAGAGAGGAGGG